AUGUCCGGAGCGGUUUGCUGGGGUCGGCUGUUGUCGGGCGGAGGUUGGGUCUGGCACUCUGGAGAAGCAGAAGCGGAGACGACUACGCACCUGCCCGAGGCUGAGAUGUGGCCGGAAGUUGCGCCACCGCGGUCCGAGGCUGCGUCCGAGGUUAGGUCGUUGCCGGAGAUUAGGUCGUUGCCGGCGAUUAGGUCGUUGGAAGGCGGAAAGAAACGUUUUACCGGUUUGUCGACGGUCGGCGCGGACACUUCACCUAUCUACAAGGCGGUGGGGGAGGUCCCGGAAAGUAUGAGGGCCUUGCUAACUACAGAGGAGUGGGAGAGGGUGAGGUUGGUGACGGAGGCAGAUUUGCGGGUGUGUGUGCUUAAGUAUGUGGAAGUGGGUGCAGUGAUUUCGAGGUUUGUGCAGUGUCCUUUCGGGACCAUAAACGCUCGGUCGGCGCUGUGUAGCGCGCUGAAUGUGAAGCGCUGGAAGCGACAAUACGACCAUUGGGUUACCGGCUGCCUUCUAAGACGCGCCGAUGUCCAGCUGCGAAAGUUGCUGGAGUUCUGCGUCCGGACUCUGCACUACACGCCCAGAAAACCCUGGUCGCUCGAGUGCCUCACGGACCGGUCCUCACGCUGCCAUCGGUGCCCAUGGCCGCAUACCGAACAGGCAGUGCGCGAACUGAUCCUGCAGCUCGAACGCGACUACGAGGAUACGUUGUCUGACCCGCUGACCAUCGCGGAUUUUGCUCAACUUGAAUUCCGCCGCUCGACAAAAAAGCCGCCACUCCCGUACUCUAAGGAUCAACCGUCCAAGAAUCAACGGUCCAAGGACAAAGGAUCAGACGAACGGUCGGAAAAACAGGCACGCUUGGAACCGAUAGAAGAAGAGCCACUUUCGCAACCGUUUCGGCCACUCCCGCAGCCGGGCAGCCCGCUCACUAGCUUAUCAGGGGGCCCCGCAGAGAGCUCGGAACCGAGGGCGGAGCCGAAGGCUGAUGUAAACGGGGCGGAUAACAAUCGAGGGGUGCUGCGAUCGCCGUUGAGACCGGACACAUGGGUACGGGAGCAGAAGCGGGGCAAGUCGUUUCGGCGGGCGCAGGGGCGUUUCCGAGUGUUUGCGGCUCAGCGGAGGGACUUGUUAUCCAACGCGGCCAAAAAGGUGUCGGCAUUGUUGGGAGACAACUGGGAGCAGUUGGAGGAUAUGGAGGCGAAGGACUUGACGGCCUGCAGCCCGGCUUACGUGGAAUUGGGUACGAUAAUCGACAAGUACAUUCGCGACGCCUUCGGGACCGUCUCCAAAUUCGAUGUCGCGGUCGUUGCGGCGGCCAUGACGACUGGCGAGGGGCGGAUUUUGCCGCCGUUGUCGUUGGUACACGGCUGGAUCACGGGGUGUAUCCUCCAGUACGCACAGGUACCGCAAUCCCAGCUAAUUACCUUCUGCACCGAAGACCUGCGGUACAUACCCUCGACUCGCUUCCUACUAGACUGCCUCCGUGCCAGGCCUGAGACCUACUGGGAUUACACCAGACGCACCCGUGCAGGAAAGAAGAAACGAGAGCCCGCCAACUACCUUGCCGCUCUCCUCUCCAGCUACCAAUGCAAGGUGACCAUCAGCAAGUUCGUUGAACUCUUCCAUCGUGAACGAAACGCCAUGAGCGACGAACUAGAAACCAUCGCCAGCCAAAAGAGAAAGAGGGGGCGACAACCAAAAGAGGGCCAACGGCGAAGAAAGGGGCGACAGCCAACAGAAGGCCAACAGUCAAUAGAGGACCAACAGCCAAGAGAGGGUCAACAGCCAAUAGAAGGUCAGCGGCCAGGAAAAGGAGAGCAGCGAAGAAAUGGCCAGCGAAGAAAUGGCCAACAGCGAAGAAAGGAGCAACAGCCAAUAGAGGACCAGCAGCCAAGAGAGGGCGUACAGCUGAAGGGGCGGCAUGGCCCGGAGCCUCCCGCCGGCACGCGACCAGACGAUCCGUUUAUGUAUUGCCACCCGGAUGACUUAACAGAUUUUCUUCAUUGGGUGGAGUCAGGACAAGCUUAA